CCUCACCACUUUCACCCCUCACCACUUUCACGCUUUUGUUUUGGCAUUUUGCAAGUGGCUAUUCUCCAGCGUCGCGCCGGUCAGUAGAUCGGAGGCUAUUUUCCGGCGUCAUAACUAGGCCUAAUGAUCUACAUUUGACUUAUCUAAAAGCCUGCUUUGGUGACUGUUGAGGAACAAACUCCUGGCAGAAGUGCAGCAUGGCUGAGGCUGAAACAGCCACAAGUGUCAGGGGAGAUGAGGGACAGGACGUAGACAAGGAUUCCUCAAGUCCUUUGCGGGAGUUACAGGAAUUUGAGAAGCUGGAUACUCUUCUGUCACAGAUUCCGAAGAAAGCUCAACAUGGCCUGCUCAAGUCAUGUGAUCUUGUGCUCACCUGUAUAGAUGCCAACAAGGCUUUUAUCGCCUUGGGCUCCAAUGUGGGCAUCGUAUUCCUCUACUCAAGGAAAGAGCAGUCACUUCAAAGACUUCGUUCAACGGGUGCGAAUGAUGUUAUUACAAGUAUCAAGUUGCAUGAAGGGAUUGAUCUGCUACUGGCAAUUGGUACUGCCUCUGGGGACAUCACUGUGUUUUGUAUACCAGGGACUGCAUCAGUGCAGAAGAGACAGGUGCAAAAGUUUGAUGUAAAGGGUUUCCAUCAGCACUACGUGACCUGUGUGGAGUGGAGCACCAAUGGCAUGAAGCUGUACACUGGAGACAAGCGAGGCCAAGUCAUUACCACAGAGGUGGACUUCUAUGAAGGUCAAUGCAAGUCCAGUGUACUCCUGAUUGAAGCAACUACAGAAAUUGUUCAGAUCGACUAUCUUCAUAAAGCACUACUUGUCUCAACAAAGCAGCGCAGUUUUGUGGUGCGACUUGACCUUCAAUGUCAGGUUGUCAGUAUUGGUGUUAAAGAGCGUAAAAUGACGGGGUCAUUCGGCGCUUGCUUCAUCCCGGGCAUGUGCAAAACGGACGAUGCCAAGCUCUUCGCAGCCCGUCCAGGCUGUCGUCUCUGGUUGUCUGACAUACAAGGAACUGUGAAGAGCACUCACGUCUUUUCUGACCCACUGUCACCUGCUGUGAAGGAAAUCCCACUGCUUAUGGCCGGCAAACUUUAUAUGAGUCCAUCAGACUUCCAGCUCGGACUCUUGAAACGGUUCCGUGAUAGGGAGCUGGUCUCGUGGUCUGGCUCAGCUCUAGUUGUCCUUGACCCCUGGGACAAUCGUGUGGUGGCUCGUCAGAGUCGGUUAAGCGGGAUUGAGGGUGUGGCCGUCGUGGACAACGAAAUCUUUUUGUUGCGGAGGCAUGCUGAAGCGAGAGUCAUAAGAAUCUCAGAUGGACCAGAUAGCUCAGCUGCAAAAGCUGAAAUUUUGAGAGCUCCUCACUCUACCUUGCAUGAACCAGCAGUUAAUGAGAGAAGUGGGCAAACAGAGAAGAAAGAAAACAUUGCAAAGAGUUUCUUCCGUAAGACCUUUACUAACCCUAUCAAAAGACUUGAUGAUCUGCUCAGUGAUGAUAAAACAGAGGAGGUCAAGGAAGCUAUACCAAAACCUGUCAUAGAAGCUGUAUCCCCUGACUUACCUCCUGUUGUGACUCUUGCAUCUUCUGAACUAGAAGGCAUCCGAGUUUUCACCGGCACCUUGCCAUCCGAGGCCGGAGCGGUGCCCACUGCCACUGCACUAUCCAUAUCGGGCUCAGCAGAGAAUGAGGUCAAGGCCACCACAGAGGAAGAUGAUGCACCGUCAGCUUUAUCGUCUCUGAUGUCAGCCACAUCCGCUCUGGCUGUUGUCUCAAAUACUGCAACAGAUCCCAAAGCCUUUGACCCAAAUUCUGCGAGCCAAAGUACAGAUUCUCGUACAUCCUCCCAGCACUCAGAGACUUCGGUAGCGUCCUCCGCUCCAGAGACUGCGGUCCCUUCAACCUCCAACCAGGACGACAUAGUUUUCAGCCACAGGAUGAAAAAGCCAAAAAAGAAAAAGCACAAAGGAGGAACGUCCAACACUCGUCAGAAAGAUGAAGAUGCAGUGAGUCAGACUUCUGUUAACAGUCAACAUUCGGAUGAUUCUGGCUUGACAGCCGCCAAAGCAUACGAUUCCCAGACCAGCAACAGUUCGUCUCUAGAGGCUCUGAAACGUGCGGAUGAGAUGCUGAAGUUGGUGGACACCAUUCUGAAAGAAGAAUCUGUGGAUUCAACAGGGAAGAAAGAGUCUGAGUGCUCUGAGGAUACACUCAAUGACAAUGUUGUGACUGCCACACAGAGAAGUGACCAUGUAAUUAACAGUUAUUCGAAAGUGAAUAGUGGAUCAGGCUUGAAGGACCAAAGGAAGGAUAAACCCAAUAAUUUGGAUUUGAAUCAAGCUGAAGUAGGCAUUUUUGGAAGUAAGAAGGAUGAUUUGGCAGCAUCUGGAGAGAAGGGCAGAGGAUUUUCCUGUAUGAUGUCCAGCGAUAAGUCUGAGUCUGUAUUCAAAAGUGAAUUGGUUGACACUGACAGUAGUGCAGAUAUAAAAUCUGUGGUGAGUUCAAACAAGGAUGGUACUCGUGAUAGAGAAGGUACAGAGUUACUUCAGGCUGACAUGAAUAUGGACAGAUCUUUGACAGAGUCGGAUCAAAGCCUGAUGCUGAGAGCAACAGGUCAAAGUGAUGGCCAGAAGACUCAAGAGUCAGAGAAAGGUAAGAAUAGUACAGAAAUUCCAUUGCAGAUUCCAUGUGCUAGUACUUCUGCCUCCUGCGACGGUGAUGGCUCUGAGGUAGCUGAUAUUUACACAUACUCCUCAGACAUAAGUCCUAAGAAUAGACUGAUUCGUGAUUCCUCCUUCGACAUCAUAAAUUCUGCUCUUGUUCAACUGGACUCGCGAAAGGCUGAAGUGAGAACUCCUGAUUCCAGCCUGUCAAUGUAUGCAACGGGUCAUUCUUCUGAUGCACCUGAACAAAAGAAACUUACAAAGGUGCAAAGAGUAUUUGAACAAUCUGAUUCUUUCCAAGACAUUUACAGCUCUGUCAGUGCAAUAGAAGCUGAGGAUCCGUUUAACAAAGGGAUGCCAAGAGAGAAGUCUGCCGAUGACUUCUAUUCAAAAUUUAUUGACACGUCUCCUGAGUCUUCAUCCUACAUGACCUCACCAGAUGCUAACACCCCUGGUGCUGCUCAAGCCUCUAAGUCAUUACUCUCUACCGAAGUGGAGCGGUCAUCUGAGAUGCAAGAUGUUUGUCAACGCCGUGUAGCUAACUCAUGGUCUGAAUUCACCACGCCGACCAAUAUGUACAGCCUGGCUGUAUCUCAAAGCCAUGUGUGGUUUACGGACAAAAGCGAGAAUAUUUACUACUCCUCCGUUGGCAGUCCUAAAGGUAUCGUGUGGAGGAAGGCUUCAGGUUCGGCCAAUCAGAUUGCAGUGUCCCCCUCGGGUCACAUCGUGUGGCGGUUGCACCGAGGGGUGGUCUUUGCAGGCACAAAGAUCAGCAGCCGUCACCCCGAGGGGUUGAAGUGGGUUGAGGCGGUGCGGGAUGUGGAAUGGAUUUCAGUCGACGACAACUGUGCAUGGUAUAUUAAGCGUAGCGGUGAGGUGAUGAUGCAAAGAAAUCUUUCCCUGGAGCGACCAUGCUACAAGUCGAGAAACAUUCAGUGUGAGCACAAGCUGCGCUCUAUCCAGUGUGCGAACGGAGUUGUCUGGGCCAUUACCGAAGGCCUACGCCUGCUGGUGAGGACAGGUGUCUCUGAUGAGCUGCCUGAGGGAAGUGACUGGCUUCUUGACUUUAGAGAGACAGCUCCGUACUUGUUCUCCAGCGUAGCCGUGGACAGUGAGAAUAUUGGCUGGGCUAUCGAUGUACUGGGACAGAUCUGGUUCUGUAAUGGGGUCACCCGGCAGAAUCCUGCAGGGGCUGGCCAGUGGUGGCAGGUUCCAAUGAGUGAGUACAUUUUGCAGGAGGCAAGCACCUUGGACAUGAUCCGUGCAAUGGCUCGCAAGUUUGACCCAAAGCAGCUCUCAUACAUUCUCAGUACCAAUCGAGGUGGGCUCAUCACAGCUGGGACGCAAGGUGUUUGGCUGGCGCUCGACUUCCGCAACGUGCUGCAAGUCUGUCGAGGGAGCAUUCAAGGUUACCACUGGCUGGAAGCCCAUCCUGCCCAGAUGUCUCCCUCUUCCACCUGGAAAAUGAUCUGUGCCAAUGUUGCUGAGGUUGACUGGGGGCUUGUGUGGGCUCAGCAAACUAAUGGAGAUAUCUACGUGUUUCGCCAACCUCGGGGAGAGGCAGCCAUGAUCCCAGACUGCUACGACUUCUGCUGCUUCAGUGUGUCCAUGUGUGCUGUGUGGGCACUCACUCCUGAUGGUGAAAUCAUGGUGAGGGCCGGCAUGAAUGAACGCUGUCCUCAAGGUUCCAGCUGGGUGAACCUUGACCUUUCACAGCUUGGUGAUGCCCACAUCAUUCACCUGAGCUGUAACACCUUGUACGUUUGGGCGGUGGAGUCGGAGGGAGUCAUCUACCAGCGUAUUGGAGCUAAGCCCCCCUCGGAUAACACACUAAGUGCUGUGUGGCUGCCCAUCGACACGUUUGCGGACAUCGUGUUCACACGCGUUAAUGUGGGGCCCCUUGACUGGAUGGUAUGGGCAGUUGACAACCGUAGAUUGACCUAUGUGAGGGUUGGGAUCACUGAGCACCUGCCCAUUGGACAAGAAUGGAUCCACGUACCAGGAAUCCAAGCCAUGGAUCUUUCACUCACUCGAAGUGGCAUCUGGGCCUUGACACCGACUGGUGAAGUCUAUUUUCGAUAUGGAGUGUCCAGAGAGCGGCCGGCUGGGAACUACUGGAAGAAAAUCCCUGGCACUUUCAUUAAAAUUUCUGCCUCCCCUUCAGAUGACCUGUGGGCCAUCAACACAGAAGGUCAUCUGAUGCAUUGCAGCACACAAUACCUCCUUCGCUCCCAAGACGUGUCUGACCCGCUACUCCAAAGAAGCAUCAGCACAAGCAGCUCUGUCUCUGAGGAUGUGGACUGGGAGAUUGUAUAAUUCAGACAAAAGAAAUAGGUAGGGGGCCUGCCGGUCUUCAAGUGUGAUUUGAUCGAGAAGAAGAAGAAAACAAACAAAAAAAUGCUGGUUUAUCUUUGAAUGGAGGUGGGAUUGGGGUUUUUGAAAUUUUUCAUGACCGGUAUGAAAAGUCUUAGGUUUCAUUUUUCCUAGGUUUGCAGAUUGUGUAAGUAAGACCAUAAGAAAUUUGUUGUGUUCAUGUGGUGAAUGUCAGUGUUAUAUUAGCUUGCAUAUGGCUGUGGUUUACAAUGACUUUCAGGAUUAGAGAACUCACUUUUAAGAGUGCCUUUGAUGUGGAUGUAUUGAAUCUUUCAAAGAUAUCCUAUAGAGCUGAAUAGAUUAUAUUUUUAGUUAGGUUGUUUUGGAGUACUGUUUUUCGUAGAUGUUUUGCUCUAUUUUCUUUCAGUUCAGGUCAGUUCUUAUACAAAAUAUAAAAGACUUGGACAAAGUUUCUUUUGUUUAUAGUUUUGUGUGUCCUUCUUAUCCCCAGUAAUAUAUGUCACGAGGUAUAGAAGUGGAGGGCUAUCAUAAUUCUGCUUUAACUUUUUCAAGACCUUAUCAAAGACUGUUGGCUAUUGCCUAUGUGUAAGAAAUGACAUUGACUUGGGUGGAAGAAACAUUCCAUUUUUAGAUCCCAGCCUUUAAGAGCUUUGAGUUUUCCAUGUUAACAUCGUUACAGGUACAUUCUUUGACUCGUGUCUUUUCUGUGAUUGUGCUUACACUUACAUCAUGAAGUUAGUUUUUUGUUGGUUUCAGUUUUCCAAGUGAGGAUGUGUUAUGGUUCUCAGAGUUGUGUAUGGGAUUGGUUUGAUAAAUUUCUGUGCUGAUGGUACAUUGACAGGAUGGUCUGCUCUUGUACUUUUAGUUUUUUAAUGGUAUGGGCUUUGGUAACUCAAGAGGAUCCAAUAUUCCUGACUGGGUUGGUGCGGUACUGUUGAGAAUUAUGUUUUGGAUGACAGUUUUGGUUGGUGGGAUCCAGCUGUUGUGAGAUUGUUUGGUUUUUCGCCUGUUCGUGUCGAGCUGUAAUUUACAGCAGGUCAUCAUCAGUGACUCCCGUAUUUCUGCAACUGAGAAGGGUAAUCGUAAUCGCAAUUCAGUGAAAAGUAUUGAAAGAGCAGCGUACCCACCAACCUGUAGUGUGACAUUUGUGUGAUACUAGCUCGAGAAUUUGACUCGAAGGUCACAAAAGGGAUAAUAAUAAUAAUAUAUUAUGGUGCAAAAAGGAAAAACAUUCGGGAGUUUGGGAAGGGAUGGAUAGGUUGUAGCUUAGUUUUGUGACAAGAUAUCAUAUCCACCUGUCUGAUGCUAGUCUGUCCUGUGAUGGCUGAAAAGCUUUGAUCAAUUAGCAGUGCUGUCACUACUGUCAGCAGGUUGGGUAAACUAAGAGUUUGGUUUCAUGAUCAAAGGAAUUGAUUGAGCAAGCAAUAUGUGAUUGCUCGAAAACUGGGAACUGCUCUACUUUGAUCAGCUAUGGUAGGCCCCUAUAUUUGUGAAAUUGUGCAUAGUGAUUUUAUACUGUUUUACGAAACACUGUUUUCUGAAUUUAUGUAUCAUGUUUGAAAUGUUUUUUUCUACCUAAAGACUUCCUCAUUGGGAUAAACAGUCAUUUUUCCUUUUGAUCUUCUUUAUUAUUUGAAGUCCUGCUUUAUAUGACCAGUAGAUUCCAGUGUGAGAGACACUCCAGACAUCAGCUCUGUGAAAUUUGUUCAGGAUCUACUAUGUGUGCGUGUGUUUUGUUAUUGUUUCUUAAGAUCUCAAGCCCUCUUUUGCUCCUCAAUUUUGAUUUUCCUUUUCCAAGUCAACAUUUCAAUUAUGCAUGGUUUGUGAAUUAUUCAGCUGUGGAAGCUUUUGUGUUUUUGUAUGAGUAGAGAAAGAAAUCACUUGGUGUGCUUGGAGGUUAUCUUCUCUAAAUGCAGUUUCUUUGGAAUCCCAACCCUUUUCCAUUUGUUCUCAUUUUCAAUAGGGACUGUCCACAGUAUUAUUUUGACUUGUGCCAUAAAUUCAACAUUGUUAAAAUGUAAAACCUGCAUCUAGGGUCUAUCACUUCUUUUAUGAAAUAUUUUAACAUUCAGGGUCCAUAGUUGUAUGUGUAAUGUGAUGGGUCUCUUUCCUCAUGUGUGAUUUUUUUGAGUUUCAAUUCACUUGUGGAGGAAACAUUUUGUCAUCAAACCAUAUCAUUUGUGUCAGGACGUGGAAUCAAGCGCUCGUCAAUUUUUGGGCUUAUGAGGUUAUUGGUAUCAUCUUAAAAGGCUGUUCAUUUGCCUUGUGAAAAUUUACAUUUUCUAUGCUUUUAAUCUCAGUAAAUUCCACCCAAAAAUGUGUUUUAAAAUGGACAAAAUGUGUUGAGCCAAAAAAAGAAAAUUAGAACAAAAUUGCCCAUUGGCCAAAAAAAUGCAGAUUUCUUGGAUUUCACUCUUUUGACGAGCGCCUGAUUGCACCUCAUUGCCUCACAUAUUUCUGCUUGGAUGUAGAUAUCUAGUCUCAUCUCAACCAGGUUUGUCCUGACGAGCUCGGUGGAAGAAGCCUGCCUCCUUUUAGUCAUAUUAGAAAUGUAUACCGACAAAACACAACAAACACUAUUUUCAAAGUUUGGCCAAAAGUAGUACAGUGGAACUCGGAUUCAACGAGGUCGCCGGUCCUGAACUAAAAUCUCGAUGAAUCCGAGUGUUCGUUAUAGCAGACAUGAGUUUUUGUGUAGAUAAUUACAGGCACUAAGCAAGUAAUGUAUGAAAAGAAACAACAAGUGGUGACUGAAAUGUCUGCGUAGUAUGAGCUGUGCAAAAAAAAAAAAA